AUGGCAGGCAAAAUCGCCGUUGUAACCGGUUCUAAUAAAGGCAUUGGAUACGCGAUCGUGAAAGAAUUAUGCAAACGAGGCGUCAGUGUUGUGUAUUUAACUGCAAGAGAUAUUCAACGAGGACAGAAAGCAGUAGAAGAACUCAAAAAAGAAGGUUACAGCCCAUCGUUUUAUCAACUGGAAGUAAACAAUGAAGACAACGUGAAAUCUUUUGCAAAACAUCUGAAGAAAACGCACGGUGGCUUAGAUAUUCUAAUCAACAACGCUGGUGUCAUCGUUAAAGAUUUUCGUGAGACCACUUACGAAGAUUCAGUACACGUCCUUGAUAUUAAUUACAAAGCCAUAUUAACAAUCGAGAAAUACAUUUACCCACUUUUAAAAAACAAUGCCAGAGUAAUAAAUGUGUCUAGUGACUGCGGCCAUAUUUCAAACAUUAACAACAAAUACUGGAUCGAACGCCUCACUAAAGACGAUUUGGGACAAGAAGACGUUGAUGACUUUGUUGAAUGGUUCUUGGAUUCCGUAAAAAAUGGUACAAUUAACUAUAACGAUUUUGCAGAAAAUACACUUGUUGCGUAUAGAGUUUCAAAGGUGGCACUUUGUGCGUUAUCAAAAGUACAACAAAAGCAGAUCGGUAGGAAUAUUUCUAUUAACUCAUUACAUCCUGGUUUCGUUAAGACUAGCAUGACGAAAGGUGCCGGGUACCUAACUAUGGACGAAGCUGCACAAACCCCUGCUUAUUUAGCCCUUGAUGUAGACCAAACGGUUAAGGGAAAGUACUUCUGGUUCGAUAAAACUGAGAAGGAUUGGCAGAACUAUGACCUUAAACUAUAUCCUAAGUUGGCUAUGAUUGAAAACGAAUUAAAGAGCAUGUAA